AUGGCUCUAAUUUCCACUGAACAACUCCGUUUAUUUCAUAAAAUGGAUCGCAAAAUUUUCUCAUUGCUAGUCAUUCAAUUGGCUCGUAACCCAUCACAAUCUCUUUUGGUCAUGGCCUUAUGGCUAUGGCUAGAAAGCUUGGGUUAUCCAAGCCUUAUUUCAAAAUUGGUUGGUAUUUCUCUUAAUACCAUCAAUGAUGUGGCUAAUGAAGCUGAAUCUUGCCUGAUGUGUUUGGAGUUGGAAAAUUUCCCCAUUCCAAAAAAUGGUGGUUUGCUUCUAACAACAACUAUAUUGGAUAUGGCGAUUUCUCUCAAAUUUUUCAAACUGAGAAGGUUUAGUAUCAUAUAUGGUGUAAACUAUGUGCUAAAUCAAACAUGUGCUAGAAUUUUCGAUGAUAUUUUACUACAUGUUUUAGGUAAGACUUAUGUUAGUAGAUUACUACCACCUUACCCUUAUUGUCGACCCAUGAUUAAUAUUCCUGGAUUUCCUCAUCCAUUAUUUGGUAAAUUCCCACCAAUAAAAUUUGAGGAAUUUAAUUGUGAUUCAUUUGGUCGAACGAUGUGGACAAAUAAUCGAUUAUUUGAUGAUGUCGAAAAUGAAGAUAAAACUAUGUUCUUAACAUUUUCGAAAGGUUUUCCGGUUACCGGAGAAGAAGUGCGACAUUUUUUUACAAUUAAUUAUGGCGUUCAUUGUAUCAAGUCAAUCCGCAUGGGGAAGAGAAAUUCAAAUGGUCAAGUUUUGGAUGCAACUAUGGUCGUCAAUAAUCUGGAGACACUCGACAUAAUUCUAAAUGGAAGACGCCUCGCAAAAUUUGAUUUCAAUCGGAAGCAUAUUUGGGCUCGUAAGUAUGAGCGGCGAGAAUAA